CCUGAUGAGGAUGCAAAGCCUGCUGCUUCCCCUGCUGCCCCUUGCAGCUGCGGCCCAGAGGGCUCAGGGCCAGACACCAGAGGUCAAGGAGCGCUACAACAAGCUUGUCAAACAGCACAUCAACGGCAACAUGAACGAGUACAUCUGCGACCGUGAGAUAAGCACGCGCAAGAUCACGCAGACAGGCAGCAACGACUGCAAGGAGACCAACACCUUCAUCCAGGCCUCCUCUCAGCUGGUGACGCGCAUCUGCGGAGAUGCAGGGACACACUACCGUGACAAUCUGUUCAAGAGCAACCAGCCCUUUCCCAUCGUAAUCUGCAAGCACACUGGAGGAUGGUGAUACCCCAAGUGUACAUAUCUGGGC